GAGCUGUCAGCGAUUUGGAAUCUUCGCGAAUAGAUUAGCAAAAUGCACAUCUUCGGACGCAUCUUACGCUUUUCAUGUGCUAGUAAUUGAUUGUUGAGCUGCAGCGGAUCUUUUCCGAGUGAUUGUACCUUGAGCGCUAAUUGCUGUUUCUUGCCCCUGUCUUCGAGAAGAGCUUUCUUGACACAUUGAAAGUUUAAAGGAUAGUCACCAUGCUCUUUGAAUUAAUAUGAAGGUUUUAGGCAUUGAUCUUUCUCCAAUCCUGUCUUGACCUAUCCUAGGGAUUAGGGGAGCAAAUAUUUUUCCCUUGGUUUGCGGUCUUAAGAGGAUGCGAUUCUACUACUGCAUUCAUGUCACAGGAUCCUUUCGCUUUCUGAUUGUGGGUUAUGGACGAAACGAACGCGAUUAAGUGCAUCAACCGUUAUUAUUCGUUCUUUAGAACUCGAAAGAUUUGAGAAUUUUCAUUGAACAUUUCUUUUCUCGUUGAAUGUGAGCUUUAAAGCAUUGAUUCGAGUUGUGGGUAGAGGCGAAUGAGUGCAAUUUGAUAAAUGCGUUGGACACCGACCAAUCCUUCGGUACAGAUGACCGGCAAAGAAUUGGCGUAAAUAACAGCUAUUAUAACCUCGUGUCGAUAUUGUUUUACGGUUGCCGGCGAACUCAACAGUUUGGUUUCUAUAUUUGAUUUUGAAGCAUCGAAUCAGAGGGUGGGUGGAGGACCGAAUUUGGCACAACUUGGAGAAUCGUAGGGUGAUUAGAGUUUGAUUGUGGUGGAUAACUUAUUUAGGAUUCGCUGAUGGUAAUAUGUGAAGCAGUUGAAAGAACUGGUCGUUCUGCUGAAGGGCGGAUGGGAGGGCGCAGUUUGCAGCGGCGUGAACUCACACCCUCGUCUUUUAGGAAGAAGUUAACCCAAGAAGUCCAGCGCAAGUUGCAGAAGGCACUUGAUUAUCCCGCUCAAAGAGGAGAAUUAUUGCGGCAACUUUUUACUGACGUUGCCUUAGAAGUGGACAAGCGUGCUCUAGAGAGACUUUAUGGUUCUUCACAAGCUGCCGACGGUGUUGAGAAUGGUGGUUCUGUGAAUGCAAACGGCACAUACCCACGCCCAUGCUUCUAUGAAAUUUUCGCACAACACUAUACCCAAGUUCCGGAGGAUGGAAAGGAAAUCCUUCCUCUGUUUCUACAAUUAUGGAGUCAAUCAUUUGUUUCUCAAAUAUUUGCGCUGCUCUUCCAUCGCUGGUUGUUUGAGAUUCCCAGAGAAGAGUCAGAGGGGUUUUUGCGAUACUCAACAGCGUUUGUAGAGGGCGCAAGCAAUAUAUUUUGGAUUGAUUUGCAAAGUAAUGUGCGGCGAUUUUACUCCAUGUUUAAUUAUACAUUUGAGGAGGUUGUCUUAGACUCUGAGCGUCUCACAAGGGUUCCCAUUCAGGCUCGACAAGAUCUUCUUUUAUUGGUUUCUCGGUACCUGUUAUACUAUGAACCAGCCGACAGAUUGGGGUACUAUUUGAAGAAUGUACCGAAGUCAUCCAACGUUGUCCUUGAACCAGCUGAUAUGUUUGUCACGGAGCUUACAGAUCAGUUACAGAAGGUCAAGGUGGAGCCUGUGCUUCUACAUUAUUUGUCAAGCAUGAAGGCACUGAAAGGUGUGGAGUUGCGGGCAACCACGAGUACACGGUUAAAAACUGCUUUGUACUCCUUCACAGCUCCUGGAGGACCCAUGUACCCAACUCGGCCAGUCCGACAUGCUGCUUGGGAAACCUUGGAUGUCCUCUUUCCAAUUGGACGGCAUUCAAGACACCUUAUCAGCCUUUUUUUCCGAUUACUGCACCCAUACUACUGGCCAGUGUCAGCCUGGAACUUCACAAUUACAACAAUCAAGGCCUUGUAUGCGAAGAUCCUAAACACGGUGUUUGAGAUCUUCGCAAUUAUACUGAUGGGUUUUGAGAGGAUACUGGGUGUCCGCCGCGUGGUGCAUGAUUAACAUGUUUACAUAUUCUAUAUAUUUGUUGAUCUUUAAGUAUAAUCUGCAAGUAUGAUUUGCAGGGGCUAUAGUCCUUGAAUUGCAAACUUAGGCGUGUUGAGUUUUUUCGAAAUGCUCUUGAAUGAGUCCUUUUAGAGCAUCCAUUUUUGUGAAUUUAUUGAGCAAUUGUUGUUAAUUAAAUUAGCAAAUUGUUGUUAAACAAAUUAGACGUUGAUGAAAGAUUUUAACGUGAAACACAUCAAAAGGAUUCAAACCUGGUCAUUGAACCACUUCAAUUGGAUUAUUUAUAGCAUCCAAUUUUUCCCAUGAAACGAAGUAACUAAUUGAUUUUUCAGUA